AUGGAUGGAAGCAUUCUCGAAUCCACUGGACUUGAAAUCAUCGGAGUCAUGGCCCCAGUUUCAAUUUGCAUGCUCUUAGUUGUUCUCCUAGUCUACUCCCUCUUUUCCUCCUCUUCCGCACUCAUCCGCACCGCUGCCAAUCUUGUCUACCUCGAAACCCCCUCCGAUUCUGCCACCCAGACACUCGAUGGCACUCUCCUCAAUGCCCUCGUCUUCGUCUUCGUCAUCAUCAUCUCCAUCAUCACUUUCCUCCCCGUCCUCCUCUACUACUAUAAUUUCACCAAUUUCCUCAAGAACUACAUUCGCUUCUCUACCUUCUUCGUCCUCAUCGCAAUGGGUUGCUCAAUCUUCCACUCCAUUAUCCAACAUUUCUCAAUCCUAAUCGAUUCCAUACUUGUUUUGUCUUACUUCUCAAUUUCACUAUUGUGGGUGUUCUCUCGUGCUGUACCCAUUUUCUUGAAACAAGGGUUUAUGGUUGCUUUGGGGAUUAUUGUGGCGGCUUGGUUUACCAAUUUGCCUGAAUGGACCACUUGGGCUGUGCUAAUUGCACUUUCUUUGUAUGAUUUGGUUGUGGUUUUGGCUCCUGGAGGACUUUUGAAGAUCUUGGUUGAAUUGGCUUCGAGCCGGGAUGAGGAGCUUCCGGCAUUGGUGUACGAGGCUCGGCCAACUGUGGUUGGUGGGUUUUUCUAUUCUGGUUCGGUGGAGCUUCAGAUAGUGCCUAGGAACAAUGAGAGUGAUUUAGAUAAUUCCGAUUACACUACUGUUGCAAUUCGAAAGCAGAGUGAAGUUGGGAUUGGGGGAUGA